UCUCCGGUGGUCGGGGGCUUCCGGCUGCAGCGGACCCGACUGUGAGCGGCGACACCGGCGGCGGGGGACCGAGGAAGGGUGUUGCCAUGGUGAUGGCGGUGGAGGACAGCAAGGUGCGGGUCGUGGUGCGGGUCCGGCCCCCCACCCCGCGGGAACUGGAGAGUCAGCGGCGGCCUGUCGUUCAGGUGGUGGACGAGCGGGUGUUGGUGUUUGACCCUGAGGAGCCCGAUGGGGGCUUCCUGGGCCUGAAGUGGGGCAGUACCCAUGAUGGCCCCAAGAAGAAGGGCAAAGACCUGACAUUUGUCUUUGACCGGGUCUUUGGUGAGACGGCCACCCAACAGGACGUGUUCCAGCACACCACCUGCAGCGUUCUGGACAGCUUCCUCCAGGGCUACAACUGCUCAGUGUUUGCCUAUGGAGCCACUGGGGCAGGGAAGACACACACCAUGCUGGGAAGAGAGGGGGACCCCGGCAUCAUGUACUUGACCACCAUGGAGCUGUACAGGCGGCUUGAGGCCCACCAGGAGGAGAAGCGAUUCGAGGUGCUCAUCAGCUACCAGGAGGUGUACAAUGAGCAGAUCCACGACCUCCUGGAGCCCAAGGGGCCCCUUGCCAUCCGCGAGGACCCCGACAAGGGCGUGGUGGUGCAAGGACUUUCCUUCCACCAGCCAACCUCAGCCGAGCAGCUGCUGGACAUGCUGACCCGGGGAAACCGCAACCGCACGCAGCACCCGACUGAUGCCAAUGCUACCUCCUCCCGCUCCCAUGCCAUCUUCCAGAUCUUCGUAAAGCAGCAGGACCGGGUUCCAGGUCUGACUCAGGCCCUUCAAGUGGCCAAAAUGAGCCUGAUUGACCUGGCUGGUUCGGAGCGGGCGUCUAGCACCCACGCGAAGGGGGAGCGGCUCCGGGAGGGUGCCAACAUCAACCGUUCUCUCCUGGCCCUCAUCAACGUCCUCAACGCCCUGGCCGACGCAAAGGGCCGUAAGUCUCAUGUGCCCUACCGGGACAGCAAACUGACCCGUCUGCUCAAGGACUCCAUCGGGGGCAACUGUCGCACAGUGAUGAUCGCUACCGUCAGCCCCUCCAGUCUGGCCUACGAGGACACAUACAACACCCUCAAGUAUGCCGACCGGGCCAAAGAGAUCAAGCUCUCGCUGAAGAGUAAUGUGAUCAGCCUGGACUGUCACAUCAGCCAGUAUGCCACCAUCUGCCAGCAGCUGCAGGCUGAGGUGGCUACCCUGAGGGAGAAGCUCCAAAUGUACGAGGCAGGAGCCCAGGCACCACCCCAAGGCCCCCCGAAGUCCCCCAGAUCCGGCCCUCCCCAGCAUGCCCUUCCCAGUUGCCCCUCACCAUCCCGCCUUCCCAGCCAGCCCUGCAACCCAGAGCUCCACCGAGGGUCUGCAGUGCUUCCAGAGGAGAGCCUGCGGCUAGAGGAGGCCCAGGUGGGGAGGACCAGGGAAAGGAACUCUCCAGACUGGGAGCUGCCCCCAGAGGACCAGGACGCAGACCCAGCUGAGGAGGUUGCAAUCCAGGUACCAGAGCAGACCCUCAGACACCCGCUACCAAGGUCCCCUGAUCUGACCCUGCAGCCCAAGCCAGACACGGGCUGCUUCUCACCACAGAACUUGGGCAGGGACCCUUCUAAGCAGUUGGCCCUGAAGGUGCUGUGCCUGGCGCGGCGGCAAUACUCCCUGCUCCAAGCAGCCCACCUGCUGACCCCUGACAUGAUCACAGAGUUCGAGACCCUGCAGCGGCUGGUGCAAGAGGAGAAAGCUGAGCCCGGAGCCGAGGCCUCGGGCCCACCUGGCCCAGCCAGGGAGGCACCUCUGGAGCUGUGCUCAGAGUCAGGGUCUCCAGGAUACUCUGGCCCCGUGACCCGGACCAUGGCAAGGCAACUGAGUGGCCUCAUGCACACUCUGGGGGUCCUCCCAGGGCCCGACCGCACCCCAGCCCAGCGGCCCACAGAGAAGAAGAGGAGGAGGAGACCGAGCCCCUCCAAGCCAGACAGCCCCCCAGCCCCUAAGCCGGGGACCAAACGCCAGCGCCAGUCCUUCCUGCCCUGCCUGAGGAGGGGGUCCCUGCCUGAGGCUCAGCCUUCACUCGGGCCCACCACCCCCAAAGGGGGAAAGGCCCCCUCUUCCUGCCACUCCCCUCGCAUCUGCCCAGCCACCGUCAUCAAAAGCCGGGUGCCCCUGGGCCCUUCUGCUGUGCAGAACUGCUCCACCCCUCUGGCCCUGCCCUCUCGGGACCUCAACGCCACCUUUGACCUCUCCGAGGAGCCCCCCUCAAAACUGGGUUUCCUUGAAUGCGCUGGCUGGGAGAAUGUCCCCCAGGAGCCGAGCAGGUUGGAUCAGCCUUUCAUCCCCAGAGCAGGCCUGUCACUCAGCUGUCAGCCCAGGCCGAGUGAGGCAGGGAGAGGAAUCCACCUCGAAGUAGGAAGAAACCUCAGAGGUCAUCUUAGCCAACCUCCCCACCCGCCAAGCAGGGGGCUGGGGGGAGGAGGCGCUGGCACCCUUUUCUGGUUCCCUCUGACCUGCCUUCCUUUACCUCCCUCCCUCCCGCAGCGGCCCUGUGCCCCUGUUCACCAUGAAAGGCCCCAAACCAACAUCUUCCUUCCCUGGGAGCUCAGCCCGCAAGAGGAGGCGCAUUGUGAGUUCCUCAGUCUCCCACUCCCUGGGAGCGGCCCGAGGCCGCAGCCGCAUCGCCCGCCUUCCCAGCAGUACCUUGAAGAGGCCAUCUGGGCCCCUCGCAAUCCCAGAACCCCCCUCCAGCCCCCGCUGCCCGGGUAACCAGAGGAGCCAGCAGGAACUGAUGGGGAUUGGGGGAGCCCUGUCAUCUGGGAGCUCUGUGGCCAAGGUGUCCUGACCCGCCGGCCCCUCGUGGUCUCCGGAACCGCCUGCGCCGAGAGUCCUGACCUGCCUUCCUCACCUCGUAGCAAUUAAUGGCAACACCCUCUUCCUUUAUUAACACUCCUCACCAGCCAUUCAUUUUGCUACCUGCCCUCUUUAUCAAUCUCUUGUUAUACUCAUUUUCUCAGCUUGCAUAUAUUCAUCUUGAGUGUUAACAUGUUGCUAUUUUAAAGGUGCAACCACCUUACCUCCUCUAGUUCAUAACACUCUCCAUGCGACCAGGUGGCCUUGGGGGACUUGCCCCCACCCCCCCCCCAACAGAGAGCUCUGUGCAGUCACGGCCGCUGUGCAAUGAAGAAGGGGCGAGGAUGGAAUGGGAUGGGAUGGGGUGGGUAGUGGUGGGGGCUCCCAGCCUGUCUCUCCCUGGUGUGUGAGAGAGGGAGGCACCGUCAGCCUCCUCCCUGCAGCCCGGAGCAGAAGCCCCAGCCCAGGGUGCCAUCCUAGCGAUGAUGCAGAUGAUAGUAGUGUUUUGAUUUCUAAAUGAAGAUAGCUUUAUUGUGUUGUACCCUGUUGCAAACAGGAUGCACACUCAGUAUAAAAAGAAGCGUAAAGAAGAAAGGGAAAUUCAGCCUUCAUGCUACCACCUAGAUGUAAGAGCUGUUAAUACUCGGCUUUAUAUCCUCUGAUCCUUUAUUUCUGCAUAUAUACAUAUAUAUGUACAUGUAGAUAUAGAUCUAUUUUUUUAUCAUAAUGAUUA